AUGAAAGAAAGAAAUGAAAUUUUUAAAUAUAUAUCAAUGGUGGCACUUCAACCAUUAUCAUUGUCAAUAUUAUUGAAAGUAAUAAGCUAUCAUUUUUGGCAUGAUUACUUAAUAAAAUGUCCAGAAUUUGUCGUUGCAACAAACUCAUUUGAACGACUUAAAGAAGGAGUAUUUUUAAAAGAUAUUGGUGAAGAUCCAUAUGAUGGUGAUCUAUUUCAUAUGCAACCAUUAAUGUUAAUAUUUUUAAAAUAUAUUGUCUGGUUUCCUAAAGGUUUUUUGUUACUACUUUUGUUUUUUGAUACAUGGAGUGCCUUUCUUUUAAGAAGUAUUUCUGAUAAAUUAACUGGUGGAGAUGAGAAAGUAAAAAAUUUAGUCUUUAUACUAUUUCUACUUAAUCCAAUGGCAAUUGGUACAACAGCAGCCUUGUCAACAUCAAGCAUUUUUAAUUUUUUUGUUAUUCUUUCAAUACAUUAUUAUGUUAAUAAUGAAUCAGAAAAAUAUACAAGUUUAUUAUCUUUUUUAACAAGUUUAAAUAUUUAUUAUUUUACUUUAUUAAGUACGAUAGUUGUAAAAUUUCCAAAAAAGAAAAUCUUACUAUCUACAAUAUUUAUUACAUCUUUUUUUUUAAUUCAUGGAUUAAAUUAUAUAUUAUCUGGAAAUAGUUUUCAAUAUAUACAAUCUACUUACAUGUUUCAAUUAAAAGUUCCAGAGUUAUAUCCUGAUGUUGGUUUAUUUUGGUACAUGUUUUGUGAAGUGUUCCUUCAUUUUGAAAGCUUUUUUCUUACUGUAUUUCAAAUUCAUAUAUUUAUAUAUAUGAUUCCAUUGGCAAUAACUUUGAAGAGGUACCCAUUUUUAUUAUUACAUAUAUCACUGAUAAUAAUUACAUGUUUUACAUCAUAUCCUUCAUAUGGUGAUGCUAUUAUUUACUUAUCCUUACUUCCCACACACUACAAUCUUUUUAAGAAGAUAAAAAAAAGUAUAAUUAUCUUUGGAGCUUUAAUUUCUUGUUUGGUUUUGUUUCCAACAAUGUGGACUAUAUGGAUGAUUUAUAAUGCUGGUAAUGCAAAUUUUUAUUUCUCCCUUACUUUGGUAUAUUCAUUAGUUCAUAUUUUUAUUGCAUCUGAUAUGAUAUAUGCUCAAACAUCUAUUACACAUGAAUAA